GGCCCCGGCGGUGCCACAUUAAGUGCCAGGAGCUCAGCUCGGCGAUAGCGCCAUGCUCGGGGCUGCAGGGUUCAGCGGCGCGGCCCUUCUCUGCGCCUUGUUCUGCGCGGCAGCUGCCGCCGCUGCCGGCCCCGAGAGCAGACCCUCUCCCGCCGCCUUCGGCCGCCUCUACCGCGGCGCCGUGAACAUCAGCGCAGAGCGCGUCUACUCCUUCGCCUACCGCAGCCGGCCCGGGCAGGUAGAUGCGGUGCGGGUGUCUGUGAACAGCAGUUCUGAGAACCUCCAGUAUCCUGUCUUGUUUGUAGUUCGACAACAGAAGGGGGUGCUGUCAUGGCAGGUUCCACUAAUUUUUCGAGGCCUCUAUCAGAGGACCUACAACUACCAAGAAGUCAGUCGGACUCUCUGCCCUUCUGAGCCAACACCUGAGGCAGGACACUCCGACCAGAUUAUAUUUGUGGAUGUUGCUUCCAUGGCACCGUUUGAUAUUGCAUAUGAACUACUAGUCACUAGGCUCAACAACUUCCAACUUGAGACGGACAAAGCUUUUAGCUUCACUGCCAGCCCUUCCCAGCCCCAGUAUUUCCUAUACAGGUUCCCUCAAGAUGUGGAUUCGGUCAUCGUCAAAGUGGUGUCUGACGUAGUCUACCCCUGCUCAGUUGUCUCCAUCCAGGAUAUUGUGAAAAAGGACUUCCCAGGUGAGCAGUUCUUUGUUGUGUUUGUCAUCAAGCCAGAGGACUAUGCCUGUGGGGGUUCUGUGCCUUCUUCUAUCCAUGGAAACCGUACCUGGAACCUCCAACGAACAAAGAACCUUCAAGUCACAGUUGUGCCCUCCAUUAAAAAGUCUAUUUAUGUGCAAGCCAUGUUCUUCAGCUUCCUGAGCUUCCUCUCCUUUUACCUGGGCUCAGUGGUUGUUGCUUUCGUUCACUAUAUCAGGGUUCGGCAAAAGGCUUCAACUGGCAAAUACAGUCCUGAUGAUGGAUCUGGGAUAAUGACCUCUUCACAUCCUAUUACAGCCAGUACUUCUGAGGGAAGCAGCUAUGGUGCUAUUGAUGAGUCAAGCUCCAAUGGUGGAGAGCAGUUGUCUUCCCUCGAGCGAGGGCCGCAAGAUGAUUCUGACACUGACAGCUCUGUUGAGGAAGAGAGCGACUUCGACACCAUGCCAGAAAUUGACAGUGAUAAGAAUGUCAUCCGCACUAAGGUGUUCCUCUAUUUGUCAGACUUGUCCAGGAAGGACCGAAGGAUUGUCAGCAAAAAAUACAAAAUUUAUUUCUGGAACAUCAUCACUAUAGCAGUGUUUUAUGCCCUGCCAGUAGUCCAGCUCGUCAUCACCUACCAGACGGUAGUGAAUGUGACAGGCAAUCAGGACAUCUGCUACUACAACUUCUUGUGUGCUCACCCCCUUGGAGUGUUGAGUGCCUUCAACAACAUCCUCAGCAAUGUGGGCCACGUGUUGCUGGGCUUUCUCUUCCUCCUGAUUGUGUUGCGCAGAGACAUCCUCCACCGUCGGGCCAUGGAGAUGAAAGAUAUCUAUAUUCUGGAUUAUGGAAUCCCAAAGCAUUUUGGUCUCUUUUAUGCUAUGGGCAUUGCUCUGAUGAUGGAAGGGGUGCUCAGUGCCUGUUAUCAUGUCUGCCCAAAUUACUCCAAUUUCCAGUUUGACACCUCCUUCAUGUACAUGAUUGCAGGACUGUGCAUGCUCAAGCUGUAUCAGACCCGCCACCCAGACAUCAACGCCAGUGCCUAUUCAGCCUAUGCCUCAUUUGCUGUGGUCAUCUGUCUGGCAGUCCUUGGAGUGGUAUUUGGAAAAAAUGACAUGUGGUUUUGGGACAUUUUCUCAAUGAUCCAUGUUCUGGCCUCUCUGGCUCUCAGCACUCAUAUCUACUACAUGGGCCGCUUCAAGAUUGAUGACCUUGAUUCAGACUUGGGGAUAUUUCGUCGGGCAGUGAUGGUGCUGUACACGGACUGUAUCCAGCAGUGCAGUCGACCAAUGUACAUGGACAGGAUGGUGCUGCUUAUUGUUGGAAACCUGGUCAACUGGUCCUUUGCUAUCUUUGGACUAGUGUAUCGGCCCAGAGACUUCGCCUCCUACAUACUGGGAAUCUUCAUCUGUAACUUGCUGCUGUAUCUGGCUUUUUACAUCAUCAUGAAGCUUCGCAGCUCAGAAAAGCUCCUGCCUAUCCCACUGUUCUGCAUCAUGGCUACAGCAGUGAUGUGGGUGGCUGCCCUCUACUUCUUCUUCCAGAACCUCAGCAGCUGGGAGGAGACUCCAGCAGAGUCUCGGGAAAAGAACAGGCCGUGCAUCCUUCUGGGCUUCUUUGAUGACCAUGACGUCUGGCACUUCCUCUCUGCAGCUGCCUUGUUCUUCUCCUUUCUGGUCCUGCUAACCCUGGAUGAUGACUUGGACACAGUGCGCAGGGACAAGAUUCCAGUUUUCUGAAUUCCAAGGGGAGGCAAAGGGUGUCCUGAACUGCUCCCCCAGCCAAAGGCACCAGGCCACCAAAGCCCAUUGGAAACAAACCUGCUUCCAUGCCCAGCGGCCCUGAGGGAAAGAGGAGUUGGAUCCUAUGACAAGCAUGAAGGGAUGCUGCAAUAACUGAGGCAGGACCAGAAGGGAGGAUUGGUAUUUGCACCUUACCCAUGGCAUCUGCUGGAGCAGACACCACCUGACAACCUGGGCUAGUGAAAGCCCUCUGGCUUCUGAAUCUUCAGUGAGAGCCACUGAAGAGGGAGGUAACUGGAAGUUUUAUCAUUAACUCUGGUGAGUGCACUCGAGACACAAUGCACACCCUUCCCUUGUCCCUUCCCUUGUCUGCAGCUGGUGCCUCCAGGGGCCGCUGCCUUCAGCGGGUCCCGUCAGCAAGCUGGGGGAGCAUAUUGUUCCCAUCCCGUGGCCGUUCCAGGACACAAAACAACUGCUGGGUGAGCAAAAGACUCCAAGCUGAAAUGGUAGUGGGCUGUUGUUUUCAUCUUGCUGUAGAAUCUUAUCCUGUGUCUGGAAGGGAACCAUGAUACCAAUAGAAAUUCGUCUAAGGGAUGGCAGUGUUUGAGACAGAUGGUGGACUGAAGUUUCCCAUGAAUGCUCUACAAGAGGCAGAAUCUCCUGUCUUGGUUACUGUGGCCUCUUAUCCUUUUACACAUAGAACAACCUCACUUACCUCUGGCAGCUCGCCACAUGAGUGCUUAUCAGCACAGUGGUUUCUUGUAUAGCAGCAGAAGUGCUUCUCUGAGCAGUGUGAGCCACCAUGGCUCACUGGCAAACAAGUCACAGCCUUGUUUGUAGUGUAGUGUCUUGGCCCCUGUUGCAUGGUCCAGGGAGCUUUGCUAAAAGGGCAAGGUGGAAUGAAGAAUCCAUCCAGCAACCUCAAUUUCUUUCCAGCUCCUAUGUGCUAGUUUUGAGCAAACUUGGCAAGAAUGUUCCUGUUCUGGGUUGGGGCUGAGAUUUUAUGGGGGUUGGGGUUGACUUUUUUAUCUAAAUGUCUGACUUUUCCCCUCUUCAACUUUUCUGCAGUUGAAAUAGUUUUUUAUUGAUUUCUGCAUUCC